AUGGCUGCCCCAUCGAGUUCCAGUCCACGACCCACUAUUGUGAUCAUCGGCGCCGGGGUCAUCGGCCUAACCUGUGCCCUGUCAAUCCAGGAUGCUCUUCCGGAGAAGUCCUACGAUGUCUUAAUCGUCGCCCAGGAAUGGCCCGGUCAGUAUGACUCCUCCGCCGACUACGCCUCGGCCUGGGCCGGCGCCCACGUCCGGCCCAUCCCGGCAUCCACGCCCCAGCUCGUCCGGGAAGCGGCCUGGCUCCGCCGCACCGCCGAGGUCUUUUGCUACCAGGCCGCGCGCGAGCCCUGGACAGGCGUGAUCGCCACGCCGGCCGUCGAGCUCCUCGCCUCCCCCGACGCGGCAUACCGGGCGCAGACCGCGGCCAGUUUCGCCGCCGAGACUGGCCUGACAGGAUACCGCGCUCUGAAGUCUAGCGAGCUCCCCGUAGGCACCACCCUGGGUUUCGGGUACGACACCUACUGCGUGAACGCGCCUGUUUAUUGCACGGCUCUGCUGCGUCGGUUCCUCCUCCGUGGAGGUCGCACGCUGAAGAGGAGUCUGAGGUCCGUGGACGAGGCCUUCGCGCUGCCGGAGAACCACGGGAUUGUAAAGCUCGUUGUCAACGCCAGCGGUGUGGGCUUUGGUGACCCCAAGAGCUUCCCGACCAGGGGCCAGAUCGUGCUCACGAACCUGACUGUGCUCGACCCCAAGACGACCACGCGCCAGAAUACCGACGGCACGUGGUCCUUCGUGAUCCCGCGAGCGCUCGAAGGCGGCACCAUCAUUGGCGGCACCAAGGAGCCGCAUGAUUGGUGUGCGGAGCCGCGACUUGCGACUAGACAGACGCUUCUGUCCAAGGCGCUCACGGAGCUGGGGACCGAGGCACUUGGUCUUCCGAAGACGACGACCAGUCUUGGUGCGGAGGUAGUGAUAAAGGAUGUCGUAGGACGGAGGCCAACUCGUGAGGGUGGCAUGCGGAUUGAAGUCGAGAAACCUGAUAAUAGCCGGGGGAGACGAGGGCCGGUAGUGCAUGCCUAUGGUGCGGGAGGCCGCGGGUUCGAGAUCUCAUGGGGCGUGGCUGAAGAGGUUGCGGGACUGGUUAUCAGCCAGGUGACUCCUGUUAAAGCUAGACUUUAG